CUUGCUGGGCAUGAUCAUGAUGAUAGAGUUCAAAAGAUGCGUUAUGCACUAACUCACUCGGCGUGGGUGAGCAAUGCAAGUACGAUGAGGCCUAUCAGCAGCGUGGUGCAAUGCAGUGAGAGGGAUCGUAGCAGAUUGGCUAGGUAACCGAACCCGCCAUCGGACACCAUCCGGAAAAGCAUGCUUUGUGCUGCAGGUAGAUCAGGGUAAAAUCCAUCACCAAGGCGUUUAUCAAACGUCAAUUGAGGAACCACCAGGCCAUAUUAUCGAAAGUCUGGGUAAUGGAAGUAGGCUGCUGUGUAGAAGUGAAAGAAUUGAAAUUCUGACUCCUGGACUUUUUUAGGUGGAAGAUUUGUUUUUUGUGAGACGUUGUGAUAUAUCGUAUUACUGACGUUACCGGAAAGACCUCGAGGGGAAUACCGACUCGAUUGGCGACAAUGGUGGACCACGCAUUGACGGACGAACAGAUAGCCGAAUUUAAAGAAGCGUUCUCGCUCUUCGACAAGGAUGACGACGGCACCAUUACGACGAGUGAGCUGGGUACAGUGAUGAGGUCACUAGGACAGAACCCAACGGAGAAUGAACUGCAAGAUAUGAUCAACGAGGUGGACGCCGACGGCAAUGGCACAAUAGAUUUUGAAGAAUUUCUCUCGAUGAUGGCCAAGAAGAUGAAGGAUACGGACAGUGAAGAAGAAUUACGAGAGGCAUUCCGGGUCUUUGAUAAGGAUGGCAAUGGCUUCAUUAGCGCUGCAGAGUUACGGCACGUUAUGACCAACCUGGGAGAGAAGCUGACGGAUGAGGAGGUGGACGAGAUGAUCAAAGAGGCAGAUUUAGAUGGAGACGGCAUGGUCAAUUAUGAAGAAUUUGUGACGAUGAUGACAGCAAAAUGAACAGAAUACAUUACUUUCCUGUAAAGUCUUUCGAAUCAUGCACUUGAGCUAUGAUUGUUUUUUUCGCAAUGGGAGGAACGGCAUGAUUACAAUAAUCCGAUAUUCGGAGUUCGACAUCUCGGUUUUCAAACGAAACGUCUUAGGCGGAGUUACCUCUUGGUCAGCGUCGUGCGAAAGAAAUCUGGCCAUUUUGGAUUUGAUUAUCUAAGUAGCGACAAUGGCUUUCCCUUCUGACGUAGUGUCUCGCAUCAAUGGCGACGUAUGCAAGGUUUUGACACAUAUAUAGUGUUUUUGUAAAUAUUCACAUGAUAUCCAUCAAAGUCCUUCUCUUUUUUCGGAUUAGCAUUUAAAAAAUUCUACCUUUUCGUGAGUUCCAGUUAAAAUAGAUUCUGGUCCUACAAUCAUAACAGUUGCAGCUAACUCCACUGUCUGCGUGAGCAACAUGACUAAUAUCGUUGGUGAUCGUUAUAUUCACCGCACAUUACAUAUUGGCUAGUGGUACUGAAAUGCCAACACGAAGAAAAUAAUAUCACAUUUAAUUUCCACCUAUUGUUUUCAUAUCCAUUGCCUUCAGCUUCAUCAUAAUUUGUGCACAAUAAAGCAGGUAUAGCUUCUUCUCCAAGCAUUUUUAAAUCUUUGUUUUAUCCAUAAAUAUUCUUAUGAAGAAAUGACAAGAACGAUCAGUUUAUUCUAAUACUAAACAAACGGAAUAUCUUACGAGUCCCGUUUUCCAUUUUACACGAACAAGAUAACAACUUGGAACUGCUCCAUCUAUCCCUCUUUUUAAAACUAGCCAUAAACACCAGAGAAGGCAUGCUAGUUUCUUGCCGGUGAUCACUUCAAAUCAAAGUCAUCGUAUUCCCUGUAUUUAUUCUACGGACGUUGGUUCUUCUCUGUCGUCGUCAGUGCUUAUCGCUAUUGUGUCCAAAAGCUCACACACUGUAAGACAGCUUCCACCGAUCAGCGUUAUUGGUGAUCUUGACCGGUGUGAAAAGAUGCUACUGCUAAAAAUGAUGAUCGCGUAAUUUCGCAGCAAAUCAUGAUACAUACAUGUAUAUAUAUACGAUAGUAAUUGGUACAUUUCAGUAAAUGUAUACACAUAUGCAAAUAAAUGUAAUU